UCAUAAAUUCUUGUUUUGCUCGUUUCCAGUCUGAGAGACAAGAGACAUGGUUUGCUGAUAACUCUCCCCUACUUGAGAACUAGUUAUGCUUGAUUUAGAUUUGCUUGAUUUAUAUGUACAAAACCCUGUAAAUAUAGGUACAAAAUUAGAUAAACAUUAAAAAAGAAAGAAACUAAACAAAACAGCUUAAAUCCACACAAAUACAAUUGAUAAACUGAAACUGAAAAUCACGUACCUGACUAGUAGAUAUGCAUCAAUGCGUUUCUCAAGAAUUAGAAGCUUCGGUUUUGGUGCUUAUUAAGGAAUUCAGCUUGAUAAAGUGAUCUAAGGGUUUCGAUGGGUUUCAGUUUACCUCUGUUCUUCUCUGAGCUCGGUUUCUGAAUUGUUGUAUCUCUUUCUUGGAAUUUGAGUGAAAUGGCUUGUGUGAAAUUGGGUUCCGAACCUGAUGCUUUCCAAUGUCAAAGGCAAACAUGGUUCUGCACAACUGGGCUUCCCAGUGACAUUGUUGUCGAAGUGGGUGAAAUGUCCUUCCAUCUUCACAUGUUCCCUUUGCUCUCUAAAAGUGGGGUUUUGGAGAGACUGAUUGCAGAAGCUUCUGAGUCUAAGGAAGAAUGUGUCAUACACCUACCUGGCAUUCCUAGUGGGGCCAAGACAUUUGAACUUGUCGCAAAAUUCUGCUAUGGUGUGAAACUUGAACUUAAAGCUUCAAAUGUUGUGUACCUCUGGUGCGCUGCUGAGAAUCGUGAAAUGACUGAGGAAUAUGGUGAAGGUAAUCUUAUUUCACAAGCUGAAACCUUUUUCAAUCAAGUAGUCCUCCGAAAUUGGAAAGACUCUCUCAGAGCGCUUCAAACCUGUGAUGAUGUUCUACCAUAUGCUGACGAGCUGAUUAUAUUUAUGGAAUAUUUUUCAGCACUUGCUUUCUGACAAUUUAGCUGAAGAGCUGAUUAUAUUUAUAGAAUAUUAGAAGAUACAUUUGUAUGAUAUAAUAUUUUGCUUUUUUCUAAUUUAUUAGUAGUAAACUCUAAGUGGUCUCAUGCAUAUUUUGAUAUGAGUAUGCUUAUUCUAGUGUGAGAUGUAUGAAUACUCAAAAUUAUGAUUAUCUUAAUAUUCUUGGUUCAUUAUAUAAAUAUAUUUUGUUUCAGGA